CAGAUUGGACCUGCAUCGAGAGAGCAUCUGAGUCCAGACUGAAUCCAGAUUAGACCUGAAUCCAGAGAGCAUCUGAGUCCAGACUGAAUCCAGAUUAGGCCUGAAUCCAGAGAGCAGCUAAAUCCUGACUGAAUCCAGAUUGGACCUGAAUCCAGAGAUCAUCUGAGUCCAAACUGAAUCCAGAUUAGAUCUGAAACCAUAGAGUAUUUGAGUCCAGACUGAAUCAAGAUUGGACCUGAAUCCAGAGAUCAUCUGAGUCCAAACUGAAUCAAUACUGGACCUAAAUCCAGAGAGCAUCUGAGUCCAGACUGAAUCCAGAUUGGACCUGAAUCCAGAGAGGUCCAAGUCCAAACUGAAUCCAGAUAAGACUUGAAUCCAAGCUUAAUCCAGAGUGUCCAGGUUGAAUAUAUUGGGGAAUUGAAUCCAAACUCAAUCCAUAUUGGACUGAUUCUCUCUAUGAUCCCCGGCACAUCUGCAACAAUGCUCCCAGCCACGGAGGCAGCCAAGAUCUAUCAGACCAACUAUGUGAGGAACUCUCGUGCCAUCGGGGUCCUGUGGGCCAUCUUCACAAUCCUUUUCGCCAUUGUGAACGUGGUAUGUUUCGUUCAGCCCUACUGGAUCGGGGAUGGCAUGGACACGCCGCAGGCCGGCUACUUUGGCCUCUUUCACUACUGCAUAGGGAGUGGGACAUCCCGGGACCUGACGUGCCAGGGUAGCUUCACCGAGUUUAGUUCCAUACCGUCAGGCGCCUUCAAAGCGGCAUCCUUCUUCAUCGGGAUGUCCAUGGUGCUGGUGCUGUCCUGCAUUGGCUGCUUCGCCCUCUUCUUCUUCUGCAGUACAGCCACUGUGUAUAAGAUCUGCGGAUGGAUGCAGCUGGCAGCAGGUACAUGUCUGGUGCUGGGCUGUAUGAUUUAUCCUGACGGCUGGGAUGCGGAUGAGGUGAAGAGAAUGUGUGGAGAAGAAACGGAUAAAUACACCAUCGGAGCGUGCUCAGUGCGCUGGGCGUACAUCCUGGCCAUUAUGGGCAUCAUGGACGCCCUCAUUCUCUCCUUCCUGGCUUUUGUGUUGGGCAACAGGCAGGAUGGACUCAUGUCUGAGGAGCUGCUGGGAGACAAGACUGGAAAUGCAUAGAUGGAAGAUACACAUGGGUGUUUCUGCAUCGUUGAAAAUAAAAUAAUUAUGUAAAGUCACAAUCCAGCUUUCCCCGUCAUCUUGAGCGCAGGAAACCUGACUGCAGUGGUUUGGAAAACGUUAAAGCGAGGGACAAGAACGAAUGAAUGAAUGAAUGAGUUUCGAAAUACUGACUGCUUUUCUGUCCAUAUUUCUUCUUUCACUUUACUUUCCUGAAAAUGCUUUUCAACAUAUCUCUAGCUUGAUUUUCCCCGUUCUGUGCCACUAACAUGAUAGGACAGCUCAAGCACCAUUUAAAAACACUACUUUGACUUGGAUAUAUAUAUAUAUAUCCAUAAAAAUAUAAAAAAUAUUUUAUGUUUUGUCCCGUCUCUUCAGGCCUACCUUAUAGUAAUAUAAACAUUUUGUAAAUUACUAAAAAAAAACAAGGUUCUAUUUGACUGCAAUUUCCAAGUCAAGGCAGGUGUUCUAAUGUAAAGGGAAAUGUUCACAGGCUUCCAUGUGGGACGGUGACUCCGACAAAGAGCUGCACCACAGACAUUACUGGCCUCUUAGUGUUUCUCUCUGGACCCGUGUUGAAAUACAAGACCUGUGUUGAGCUACAAGAAUGGACACUAUCAUGACUACUUCACUGAGGCCAAUUGAAACGCAAGUCAUCAAUUAAUGGGGUUUCAAAUGUACAAUUAUUCCACCACUGCAUUCUCUGACAUUGUUUUAAAGGGAUAUGUAAACCGAGGUGGAAAGAAUUCACUGUUAAUAUAAUUUAAUUAUAAAACAUUGUGUCAAAAUUAGGGGCGGACAUCUCUGCCAUUAGUAAUUGUGCACAAGCCAAGUAUAACUGAAGUAGGAGAGUGUUUUAAAGUAUUAUGUAUCAAGUGAACACGUUGAAUUUCUGUGUCUCUAUUUCGAUAUUUCCUUCUCUGCAGUGUUGGUGCUGUAUAGUUAUGUGUGCCAUAUUUAUGAUGUUCAGAGCUGGUACCGUUUGUACUCUUGGUGUAGUCAUUUCUGUCCCACCAAGAAGAAGAAAAAAAAAAAAAAACAGUCUCAACAAUCUUAAAGAAAAAGUCAUGAGAAUACCUGGAGGAUGUGGUUUCAAAUAGUAAAACCUACAGGAAAUGGCCUCACUGUGUACCUGUUGUAACUCCCUCAGUCCGUGACUGCUUUUGGAAUAUUUUUGACGAUGCUGGAAGUUUUGAAGGGAUAGAAAAAUGGAAGAAUUGUUUUUUUUUUUUUUUUAAAUGGCUUUGCUUCAUUUAUUGGGUUUCUGUCUUGUCAGAUGGUGUUGAAUGCAGGAAAUGAUGUAAAUACAACAAUACACCAUAAAAAAUGUAUUCGUUACAAAUAUUCAUUGAAGACAAUUCACCCAGAUAUAAAUGAAUAAAGAAUUUACCUCUACAA